UUAGAUAUAGAGUGGAUGACUGGCUGUUUGGAGAGGUGUGGUGCACGAUAAUGACUUUCACACAGUUCUCGACGGCUUCGAUCAGUGUCUAUACAUUGGUCCUGAUGUCAUUGGAUCGUUAUCUGGCCAUUGUUCAUGCUAUUUCAUCGAAGAACAUCCGAACCCAGCGAAAUGCCUUCAUCAGCAUUGCAGUGACAUGGCUCGCUGGACUAACUGUGAAUAUCCCGAUAUGUCUCAUAUCAAACGUUUACGAAUUUCAGUUACUAAACCAUCAUAAGGCUAGAUGCUCUAUCACAAUCAACUGGGCAAAAAUUGUUUUCGCAAAUUUCUUCGUAUUCGGCUACCUGAUUCCUCUGUCUAUUAUAGUCAUUCUGUACGGACUGACCGUGAAACAUCUAUUGUACAACGUAAGCGCUUGUGUCAGCCAAUCAGAAGAAAGUAUGCGAUGCCGCCGCCGGGCCAGCAAAAUGGUGGCUGUUAUCGUCAUAGUAUUUGCUCUCAGCUGGCUUCCUCUGCAAAUAAACUUUUUGUACACAUCGUUCAAACCCAAACCAAGUACGAAAGACUCCGUUAUUUUCUUGCUAGUCUCUCAGAUUCUGUGCUACAGUAAUAGCUGCAUGAAUCCAAUUCUCUACAGUUUCCUCUCAGAAAACUUCAGAAGGGAAUUUCAUCAGGUUCUCUGUUGGAGAAACAAAGGACGCACUGCCUCAGUAGCGUAAGGCGACGUUAGUGGUGUUUUAGUCAACCUUCAUGUUCAAAUAAGACAGUUAUUCUAGUAAAACAAUACAGGCAGGGUAUUUCAGCCAGAGAAAUUUAGAUGUACCUGUAUCGCUGUACGUUUUACAAGGAGAGAAGUAUGUGUCUUCUGGAUUUUAUUGGCUGACUGCUGUCUGAUAACUUCGACGGAGGGUUCUUUGAAGUGGCAGUACAUUCAAUAUCGCUUGGAAUGAACUGCGCUGCUUGCCAGGAUGGCCCCAUAAAAAUGUAUUAACUAGAGUCGAAAACGCUCCAAAUGUUAAUUUCGGCGUGGAGAACUAUCCGACUUAUUCAUGACCUGGACUGUACAGUUUUUAAGUGGAUUAACUUUUAGCUACUAAUUACCUGAUCUCCCAUCAGGCUUCUCCAUUAUAUCAGCAGUGAAUAUCCCGAAGCAAUGUUCUGAAAAUUUCAGCAAAUCGUUCUGUGGAUUUCAUGCAGCACAUGUAAAGUCAGUCUGAAGCUAAUGAAGGCGGAAGUAAUCGCUCGUUUCAUCCACUUCACAAAACUGUUGUGCGAUGCUGCUGCAAUCAAUCUUGAACCGAUGUACUUCAGGGGACAAAAUUGGCCAUGUUGAGAAAUAUGGGAAUUUCGUUAAAGGUCUCGGGUAGCCAAAGGGUUAAAUUUUGAUUUGUAUACCCUGUAUCAGAAUGAUAUUCUGGUCAUA